AUGGCGCACCCCGAGAACCUGCUACCAGCGCUGUCCGUGCUCCUGCUCCUGCUGCUGCCGCCGCCAGCGUUGUUCGGAGCCGGGAACCUGCGCCCCACUGGGGGUCGGCUCUUGAACAGCUGUAUCCAGGCCAGGAGGAAAUGCCAGGCUGAUCCCACUUGCAAUGCUGCUUACCGCCACCUGAAUUCCUGCACCCCAUCAGCUGCAGAGGAACUUUCAGUUUCUGCAGACUGCUUGGAGUCAGCACAACACCUCAGGAAUAGCUCUCUGAUGAGUUGCAGAUGCCACCGACGCAUGAAGAACCAAACUACCUGCCUGAGCAUCUACUGGACUGUACACCCUGCCCGCAGCCUUGGAGACUAUGAGCCGGAUGUCUCCCCCUAUGAAGACACAGUGACUGGAAAACCCUUGGAAAUGAAUCUCGGCCAAUGGAGCAUGAUCAAACCAGACUGGGACCUCUGCCUCAAGUUCGCCAUGCUGUGUACUCUUAAUGAAAAGUGUGGCCGGCUGCGCAAGGCCUAUGGGGAGGCGUGCUCGAGGCCCCACUGCCAGCGCCGAACCUGCCUCCGGCAGCUGCGUGCCUUCUUCGAGAAUGCAGAGACAUCCUACGCAGAGGGUCUGCUGCUGUGCCCGUGCGCGCCUUCUGACCUGGGCUGUGGGCAGCGACGGCGCAACACCAUCGCCCCGAGCUGCGCGCUGCCGUCUGGGACCUCCAACUGCCUGGAGCUGCAGCGUCUCUGCCUCUUGGACCCGCUGUGCAGAUCACGCCUGGCCGAUUUUCAGACCCACUGCCAUCCCAUGGACAUCCUCGGGACUUGUGCUACAGAGCAGUCCAGAUGUCUGCAAGCGUACCUGGGGAUGAUUGGGACUCCCAUGACCCCCAACUUUGUCAGCAAUGUCAAUGCCAGUGUUGCCUUAAGCUGUACCUGUCGAGGCAGUGGCAACCUGCAAGAGGAGUGUGAGCGGCUGGAACAGGCUUUUUCCCGCAACCCCUGCCUCACGAAAGCCAUUGCAGUUAAGAUGCAUUUGCACAGCACACUCUUCUCCCAGGACUCUGCCUCACAUGAGAAGAAACUCAAGAACAGAAACCUUGAGCCGAGGCCACAGCCCUGGAUGCUCUCUCUUUUCUCCUGCACUCUUACCUUGAUUCUGCUCCCAAGUUCCUGGUAACUGGACUUCCCUGGGGCCCUCUUCCCCUCUAAUACAUCCAGCCUGACCUGCCGCCUGCAAGAAGUGAGGAAAGAACGGCAUCAAGAAGGAGGUGCAUGAAAACAUGACAACCCUGACCC